AUGUUGAUAUACUCGUUGGACUCCGUUGAAUCGUCUGACAAGUAUGAUGAGCUUGUCGACAUAAUAUCGAAGACGGCUAGAGAAGCGAGUUUGUAUGUCGCCAUACAUUUGUAUGAGAAGGCUCGUUGUCACUUGGGACAUGAAAUGGUCAGGAGCAACCUGGUGUUCGAUAGGAAAGGAGACAUUGUUGCUGUUUACAGAAAACCUCAAAACAGUAAUGCCAACUGCACAGCCUCGCCUUCAGAGCCAGCUACGUUUACCACUGACUUUGGCGUGACAUUUGGUGUGAUGAUGGAGGAAGACUUAGCUCUUUAUGAUGAAGAGCACUUGAAAGGAGUCAAGAACUUGGUGUUGACUGGAGACUGGCAGUCUGAGUUAUCGUUCUUGAGUGCUGCCCAAUUCGCGCCAUCUUGGUCUUAUACUAACAACGUGAACCUAGUGUCUACUACAGGCAUUUAUUCUGGGAAGGCUGGAUUGAAGUCUGGAUCUGGUAGACUGGUAGUUGCUGAUCUACUGAAGAAUGGCGAAAAUGAAGUAUCAGCUGUCCCGUCAAUCAAUAAUCCAGUGAACUUCCUGGCUGAGGAUCUGAACCUGUACGUGAUGAAGCAGCUGGACUUGCAGGCUAGCGCCAACGGAUACACGGAGACCAUCUGCCAUAGGAGCUUCUGCUGCGAGUUUUAUGUGAAGACCGCUAAAGAUGUCAAGACUGAAUCCGCUUAUAAUUUGGCGGCGUUUAAUGGUGUCCGUCCUUUUGGCGCUAACCACAAUGUUGCUACUCAGAUUUGCGUUUUAUCAGGAUCUGAAUCCAACACAAACUUCGAAAGAAUAUCCAUCGCUGCCAACUUUACGAAACAAAGCUCUCAAUAUCCAAUCGUCCAAUCAACAGCAGUGCUGCCAACUGAAGCCUUCAACUUCGAAGUUAAGAACAAUGGUGUUUCAGAACAGGUAACAUUGGAAUUAGAAAAUGCGAAAAACCUAAUAAACUUUGGUAUUAUCGGUAAAAAUGCUAAUGUAGAUUUGGAAAAUGAGUAUGUAGUUGAGAAAAAUGCCACUGAUAAUGUUCAGAGUGAGUUCUUUGAAUAUAUUUUCAAUGAAGAUGUUCAAGAGUUUGUAGAUUAUGUUUGGAUCCGUUUACGAGUACUCAUCGUUGUUGUUUCCAUUUACAUUUUGGAAAUGAUGUAA